UUCCUUGAUAUUCCGUCGACGGAGCAUCUGCGCGACAAUCUGCAGUACUAUACAUCUGGGACACACGUUGCUGGCAUAAACCGCACCCAGGCUGUCUACACCCGCGACUAUAUUCAAGCGCAGGGAAUCGACGCAGAGAUUGUCGAGUACUAUCCGUGGCUGAACUACCCGGCUGACCAGAGGGUUGCGCUAUUCAAUGCAACCACGGGCCAAGUUCACUUUGAGGCUGGGCUCAAGGAAGAUGUUAUUCCAGACGACCCUGCAUCAGAGGAUCCGAACAACCUGCCUGCCUUCCACGGGUACUCCGCCGAUGGCAACGUCACUGGCCAGCUCGUCUAUGCCAAUUACGGAUCGCAUGAGGAUUUCAAGGCUCUCAAGGCGGCUGGAAUUAGCGUAAAGGACAAGAUUGUGCUGGUGCGCUACGGAGAUGUGUUCCGUGGGCUGAAGGUCUACGGAGCCGAGCUGGAUGGUGCUCGUGGUGUCCUGAUCUACUCGGACCCUGCCGAUGAUGGCUACGUCCAAGGUCCGGUCUACCCGGAAGGGCCGUGGAGACCUGAAUCGUCAUUCCAGCGGGGAUCUGUUCUACGGCUGAGCAACUACCCUGGUGACCCGCUAACGCCUGGCUAUGCUUCAACCAAGGAUGCGCCGCGCAUUGAUGUCGACAAGGCAGAGAGUCUGAACCACAUCCCAUCACUGCCUCUGUCAUACCGCGAUGCCGAGCCGCUGCUGCGUGCCUUGAAGGGCCAAGGCAAGCCUGCAAAGGAUGUAGGCGAUAACUGGGUCGGCGGCCUGACAUCGAAGGGUGUUGAGUACUGGACUGGACCCAGUGAGCUCGAUGUCAACCUGCUCAACAAGGUCGAGUACAAGAACACCCCAAUCCAGAACGUUAUCGCCAAGAUCCCAGGGUGGGAAGAGUCUGAGGACACUGUUAUUAUUGGCAACCACCGCGAUGCCUGGUGUGCUGGUGCAUCCGACCCGUCUUCUGGCUCGGCAGCAUUGCUGGAGGUUGCCCGCGGCUUUGGCGAGCUAUUGAAGCAGGGAUGGCGCCCGCGCCGCACCAUCAUCCUCGCAUCGUGGGAUGCCGAGGAGUACGGCCUGGUCGGUUCGACAGAGUGGGGCGAGGACAAGAAAGAUUGGAUUCAUGAGAACACGGUUGCAUACCUGAAUCUGGAUGGUGGUGUGCGUGGGCACGACAUUCAGUUCAAGGCAUCGCCUAAUCUGCGCCCACUCAUAUACGACGUGACCAAACGGGUCAAGCACCCUCACUCGAGCAAGUCUGUAUAUGAUGUCUGGUCUGAGCGCGACAGCGCCAUUCAAAAGCAUCUGAGCAGGCGCCGUAAGCCCGCUGUAGGGCCCUUAGGGUCAGGCAGCGACUACACUGUGUUCCUCAACCACCUGGGCGUGUCCUCGAUUGACUUUGGGUUCAAAGGUGGAUCUGGCGUAUACCACUCAAACUAUGACAGCUUCAAAUGGAUGACGGGCUUUAUUGACCCUGACUUCACCUACCACCGCGCCAGUACACAGAUCUGGGGUGCCUUGACCAUCGCCUUGGCCGACGAACCCGUUCUGCCUUUCGAUGCACGGCAGUACGCCAAAGACCUGCACAAGUACAUUGACGACCUGAAACCCAGCAUAAGAGCGCUGAAGCGGCUCUACAAGGCCGCUGGUGAGCUUGGUACUAGCGCGCGCCAUAUCGAUGCGGAGCGGCGCCAUCUGCAGAAGAAGUACGGCGAUCAGUGCAACAUGACCGGACACCACCGGCUUGUCGUGUGCAGCGACAUUCGCAGCAGCAUCAACCAACGGCUGUACAAGCUGGAGCGCGACUUCAUCGACCCCAUGGGGUUGCCAGGCCGCAAGUGGUACCGACAUGUGCUAGUGAGCCCAGGCAGGCGGCUCGGAUAUGGCUCUCAGACACUACCAGCGCUGGCGGAGGCCAUCGAGGAUGCCGAUUGGAAGCUAUUCAACAGGCUGGUGAAGCACACGGCUGAGAUCAUCAACAGGGCCGCA